UGGAGAGUAUCGUCAGUCGACGUUUGGCUAUCCGUACAAGUGGACCUUAUAGUCAUACUGGGUUUCAGAGCACUAAAGCUCUCUGAGCGCGCGGAGUGUGUUUCUCGGUGACCGGAAAAGUGGUGCUUUACCAAACAGGAAGGACACGAAAAGACGUGUGUGAUAGAGUUAUUAAGACACUUUUCCGAUCGGUGUGUGGAACUCUGGCUACUCUGCUAAAGUGUUUUCUGUUUCUCUUGGGAUUUGUCGCUCAAUAGCUAGAGAGAAAGAGAUGGUGGAAAAAUGAGAAAAAUUUAUAGUGUGAAGACAUGAAAUUUAUAAGAAAAAUGUGUGGCGGGAGUGAGAUAAAUUAAUAAAGAGUUAUAAUAAUAAAAAAAAAAAAUUUAAUGUGAAUACCAGUUCGUAUAUAGUUUUUUUUUGAGAGUUGCGAGAGAAAAGAUGGCAUAAAAAAGAGAAAUAUUUUUAUAUAUACAUAUAAUCUCUGGGUGAAAUAUGUGCGCUUUUGUUAGGUAUAUAAUGUGAAAAUUAUUCGACAAAGGUUAUUUGUUGAUUUAAUAUCGUUGCUGGAUUGUGUUACCCCAGCAAAAUUUUCAGACUUGAACACACUGUCAUUUGACGAUGAAUUAUUUGCUUUAUACUGUUGAGAGGGUGUUAUAUUUGACACUGUUCUAGAAACACCGAAUUGUGGUGGAAAAUUUCUGCUGGACACUUUUUCUGCACGCAGAGAAAGAGGGAAAAAAGAGAGAGACAGUUUUGUGAGGAAUGAACAGUGAUUUGCGUGUGAUCUCCCUUAAACCACUUGUACCACCAUUCAAAUGGCACUGACCAGGCCAACAAAUAAUUUUUGUGACACUCCAACAGUGCAGAAAGAGCGAUUAACAAUACAGACAACCGAAAAGUUUGCUAUUGUGAAUAUGUGUGUUGGAGGAAAAGCUCCAGGCGAUGCUUCGAGUGGAGAUGCUCAUUAGGGAAGUCAGAGACUUCAAUUGAGGAUGAAGUGCACAUGUAAUUUGUACUGAAUUCAUCAUUAGAUGCAUUGAAUGGUGCAGAUAGACAGAUAUAGUGUAUUUGAAGUGUUCUUUUAUCAAGCUCUAGAGACAGUGUUGCGUUGGUGAUGAUUUGUAAUGCAAAUAGUGUGGUUGGGAGAUAUAAUUAAUGGAGAGAAAAAUAACUUCUUGCACUCUGUUGUGUUCAAACUAAAAGGCUUCAAUGCGUAUAGUUGAAAAAUUAGGGUGUGUUGGAUAAAUAAUAAAAAAAUACAUAUUCAAGCGCGCUUCUUAAUUUAUUGUGGAGUGAUUUCUUUUUACACUCACUAGAAAGAGGAACAUAAUAGUGAAAGAUAAGCACUUGGCUGACGAGUGUAAUUAAAACAGUGAGACUUUUUAUCAUGUUUUAUUUUGGAAGUUUAUAUGAAGACGUUGGACUCUGAAAGACUUUCAUAAUAUAUAUGGAUUAUUGACGUGGAAAACAGAGUCCAUCAUUUAGCACAGUUGAGCUAAAAUGCACAGAAAUUCGUGGCUGAAUUUUAUUGCAUGACAACUUGUUUGGACUGUUUUUUUUCAUAUAUAAUUCUUCUGUCCAGUCAGCCAAGAAGAUCUUCUUAGGAGAGGAAAAAUAAACGAGUUUUCACAAAUAUAUAUGUAUUGUUGGGAUUUUUAUGUUACCUGAUAUUUUUGUGUGUCAUCUCGGCAGUGUUGCGAUAAAAAUAAGUUGUGUUUGUGGAAGAAUAUAUGGGGGGAGAUGGUAAGAAGUACAGGCGAAGAGGUGGAUAAAAAUCAAUAAAAAUCAAUACGUUAAAUGGUCACGUAAACAAGAAGUGAGAGGAAAUUGUUGUGAACUUGUUAAAGUUCGUGUCAAGUGAAUCAUUUUUUCACUUUGUCUCACGGCAAAAAAAGUGUCUUGAUAGGAAUCACAAAAGGUGACAUCUCAUUUCGUAUUCAUCCCAAGGAUAUUUCCUUCUGUCCACACUUACGAGAGACAGUGAAAAAAGAGAGAAGUUGAAAAUUGACGAUGCGAAAAUGUGAAUAAAUUUCUUGGGUGGUGAUAAUAGAAGAUAGACAAGAGAAGAAAGGGAGAAAGAGACGAAAAAAACUGUGCGGACUGCAAUUAGUCAUAUGUCGAACUGGAGGGACACGAAGAAUGGGCUUUGACUACUGGCGAGGAAGGAUCAGAGGCAGAUAAAAUGAACGUGGAGGGACCACUGAGUAAGCCGUUCGCCUGUGGAUAUGUUCAUCAGAUGGAAAGUCAACAGCAGCAGCACACAAACUACCCGACGCAAGCCAAUAUGGACUUUGCCGCCCACCUGGAGCCAUCAUCAUCGUCCUAUCACUACCAGCAGCCGCAGAAUCAUCCCUACUAUCAGCGCUACGAGGAGUACAAUCAGUAUGCGCUCGAGCAGUCCGCCGGCGGCUAUGGCCAACCCACCUAUCCCUCGACGUCGUAUGCCUACGGCGACUACUAUCGCGCGUAUCCGCAGCAAGAGGCUGCCGGCUUCGCGGGACAUGCGGCGGACGCGGGCCCGUCCAGGGCACACCAUCUGCAGUAUCAGCAAUCGGCCCCGAAGCCAGCGACGCAGCCAAUGUCGCAGCAGCACACAUGGUAUCAGCCGCCACUUAUGCCACCGGAACAUAUGAUGAUGAAUAUGAUUCAGAUGACAAACAGCAGCAAUGGCAGAGAGGCGAGGAAUCGCGCGGAGAAGAAUAGGAGAGAUAAGCUCAAUAAUUCAAUACAAGAAUUAUCCGGAAUGGUUCCACAUGUGGCAGAAUCGCCACGACGUGUCGAUAAGACGGCAGUUUUACGCUUUUCUGCACAUGGCCUGAGGAUUGAUUAUGUGUUUGGCAAGUCGACAGGACCCUGUCAAUUCCGCAUUAAGCCACAGACUACGGAUGCAUUCUUGCGUCUCCUGGACAGCUUUCUCCUCACGCUCACCUGUCGAGGGCAGAUUCUUCUCGUGUCGCCCAGCAUUGAGCAACAUCUAGGCCAUUGUCAGACGGAUCUCUAUGGUCAGAGUAUCUUGAACAUCACACAUCCCAAUGAUCACAGUCUCCUGAAGAGGCAACUCGUGCCGUCUGACCUGGAGAAUCUCUUUGACAUUCAGCCGGGUGAUGAUGGAAUGGAACCGCAGCCGAGGAGCAAAGAGGAGGAGCAGGAAAUUGACGAGAAGCUGAGGAAGGAUCGCAGAGAUUUCACAAUAAGGCUGGCGCGAGCGGGUCCCAGAUCGGAGCCCACGACGUACGAGGUCGUGCGCAUCGACGGCUGUUUCCGGCGGGCGGACGCGGCGCCGCGUGGCCUAAAGACCAGCACCUUUCCCGGCGGGCUUCAACUGAUCAGGCGAACGCGUGGCCGGGACGAGAGCCUGCCGCUGCACUCGAUCAGCGGCAACGACAUCGUCCUGGUGGCCAUGGCGCGCGUGCUGAAGCCGCCGUCUAUCUGUGAUCGUCUCAUCGAGGCGUGCAAGCAUGAGUACAAGACGCGACACUUGAUCGACGGGCGGAUCGUGCAAUGCGACCAGAGGAUCUCAAUUGUGGCCGGUUAUCUCACGGAGGAAGUGUCCGGCCUCUCGCCAUUCACGUUCAUGCACAAGGAUGACGUCCGCUGGGUCAUGGUAGCUUUAAGACAAAUGUAUGACUAUAGUCGUCAAUAUGGUGAAUCUUGUUACCGUCUCAUCACGAGAACUGGCCAAUUUAUCUACCUCAGAACUCGGGGAUUCCUCGAGAUAGACAAGGAGACCAACAAAGUGCACUCAUUCAUCUGCAUCAACACGCUCGUGUCGGAGGACGAGGGCAAGCGGCUGGUCAGGGAGAUGAAGAAGAAGUUCUCCAUCAUCAUCGAUCCGGACGAGGUGGCGACUGGCGACACCGAGGAGCCCGGCGUGGAGAAUCCCCACCAAAUUGAACGUGCAAUAAUGAACCUCAUCACGAAUCUCGUGCCGCUCGAGGGCGUCACGGAGAUUCCGGGGCAUCCGGACUCGCCGGCGAGUGUGGGCAAGGACAGCCGCUACAGCAAGAGUCCGCCGCUGUCCAUCAUCGCGCCCAAGCCGAGCACCAUCAAGACGUCCAUCGUGAAGAGCCGCAGCGUCGUGGACGCGGCCACGAAGAACAUCAAGUCGCCGGACUCCAUGUCGUCCGUCAGCAGCCCGUGCUCGGACGUGCAGCGGCCGUCGGUGGUGCAGCGGACGCCCGGCAAGCGGCUGGGCGGCUCCUCGGGCAAGAGUGAGUACUACGGCUCGCCGGCGAGCGUGGAGGUGAAGGAGGAGACCGAGUCGCUGGCGUCGCCCUACAGCGAGCCGCGCGUCCCGGCGCUACCCUCAAGCGCGGGCUACUUCGAGCCAUAUGACCUGCAGGACACCGGCGACAUGCUGUACGGCGGCGAGACGGCGCAGAACCAACGAUUCUUCGCCACGGAAGCGGGCCACAGGACGAGCUCGGUGCUGAAGCGCGCCUUCAGCGGCGAACCGCACGGCGACGUGGCGAAGAGACGGAGCCUGAUGGAUGACGAAGGGACGUCAGAGAGCCUCAUCGGCAGGCUCAGCGAUCCGCAAUCUGAUCUGGCUCAGGAGCUGCCCAGCUCCUUUAAGGCGCUGGAUCAGUCGCUGAUGAAGAUUGAAGAUGCCCUGAGAGAACAGCGUUAUCCCAUCUCUGCAUCAAAUACUCAUCAACUCGAGGAAAUUAUCGAGGAGCACCAAGAACAAAGGGAGAUUCUGCAGUCGAUUCAGCAGGAGUUCCACUCGAGAAUGAGCGAAAGCCGCCCUUUGCCAGCCUCUUCGGAUGCCCAAGCGGACGCCGGCGGUUCGAUUGUAUACAGAAGAAUCAGCGGCGGCGGGAGUAGCGGCGGCAGUGAUAUUGGCAGUGGCAAAUGAUAGAGAGCAGAGUUUGCGUGGCGCGCGGGAGAUGAAAAAUACCUCGUUAGAAGUCAACCUAAGCAGAUUUAGAUAAAAUUCACUCGGUUAUUUAUUUUACUGAAGAAAGAAAGAAAGAAGGAAGAACUCCUUAUUGCAGUGGCGUUGAGGGGAUAUUUCAAUUUUUAUCGUGUUGAGAGUUUUAUUUUUUAUCAAUUUAGAAUAUAAGAUCUCGUGAGGAGAAAUUGUAACUAUUAUUAUUUGUUUUCAAUCAGAAUGAUUUAGUGGUGUCUAUUUUACGAUAUAUUCACUGUAUUAAUCAGCGGAAUAAGAUUAUUUAGUGAGACAGACAGAGAGAGAAAUGAGAGAAAAUCUACAAAUUUUGUGGUGGAUAAGUUGAGUAAUUAUUACAAUUAGAUAUUCGCGAGAGAGAGUCUUAAAAGUCUCCACAAAAAGUACAAUAAGAGAAAAGGGGAGAAAAGGAAAUAAGAGAAAAAGGAAGAGGAGGAAAACUACUAUAUUGGACUUUAGAUUAAGGUUUUAAGAAAAAAAAAAUGCAUUGACGACAAAAUGAAAAUACACAAAUUUUUUUAGAAUUAAUGACAAAAAAACAAUUCAAUAUUCACGUUUUAAACUACACAAGAAAAAGAGAAUCAUUUUAGUAGGUAAAAAAGCAUAAAAAGCAGAGAAUGUAGAAAAAAAAUGAGUGAAAAAAUCGGUAUUACUAUUUUUAUAAAUCUGAUACAGAAAUUUUACUAAUAUUUAGUAAUUGAGAUGAAAAUGCAACACAAAUAUUUCCAUACAACACUUUUACAACAUGACGAAGAGGUAAAAGAGAGAAAGAGAAAACACGUGAAAACAAUUAAACGACAGUGAAUGAUUUCGAAGGAAAAUUGAUGCUUUUGCAUUGACAGCAUAACAUUCCAUAGAAAGUUUUUUCGGGGUUAUAGAGAAAAUAAAAGGGAAAAUAUGUAAUUUUCGUGGACGUUUCUUUUCUGAUGAAAACAAAAAAGGCUCAAGCAAAAAAAGGAGUUGUAGUUUGAAGAGGCGAUUAGAUGUAAAAGUAGCUGAUAAAGUAGUUGUUGUUCUGAGGUAAAUAACAGAAGGAUAAAUAAAAAAAAAUGUUGACAUAGUGAUGAAAAUUGUGUAAAAUUUAAAGGUUUCUCAGUGUGCAUUUUAACUGGCCAACGAAAAUAUAUAUUGAAGAAAAGAAUCACAUUUCUCAUCUUCUUGCAUUUUUUCCUAAUUAUACAAAAAAAAAAGAAAGAAA